AUGAGCGAAGAAGUUUUGCAGUCUAAAACCAAAAGGCAUGCUAAUUUUCGUUUACGCUAUGUAUCAAGUUUCGCUACUGAAUUACUGGAGAUUCAAGCUGAUGAGCCAACAUUUCAUGUCCUAUUUAUCCCUGGAAACCCAGGUGUUGUGACAUUUUAUAUAGACUUUAUGGAAUCACUUUUUGAGCUUCUUGGAGGACGUGUGUCUGUGACAGUUGUUGGGCACAUAUCUCACACAAAACAGAAUUGGGAGCAUGGGAUGUUGUUCUCAUUACAAGAACAGAUUGAUCAUAAGGUGGAAUUUAUCAAACAGGAGUUCCCUAAUAAUGAAGUUCCUAUAAUACUGGUUGGGCACUCUAUUGGUGGAUAUAUAUGUAUUGAAACAUUUAAGAGAAUUCCAGAGAAGGUGUUUUAUUGCGUUGGACUGUAUCCGUUUUUGGCGGUAAACCCACAAUCCAGAGAACAGUUUUUCCUUCAAAAGAUUUCAAAGAGUUCAACCUUUUCCGUGGCCCUCAGUUCCAUGGUAGGGUUAUUGGGACUAUUACCGAUCUCGGUUAAGCGAUUUGUUGUGUCUAAAGCUCUUGGGAAGUCAUGGUCUAGUAAUGCAGUUGAGGCUGUUUGCUCUCACUUGGCUAAGUAUCAUACAAUGCGGAAUAUUCUCUUCCUAGUCCAUACAGAAUUUGAAAAGCUUGCAGAAAUGCCAGAUUGGGAAUUCAUGAGAGAUAAGAAGGAGAAAAUUGCAUUUUUGUUUGGCAGUGAUGAUCAUUGGGGACCACUGCAAUUUUACGAAGAGAUUUCAAGGCAGGUCCCAGGUAUUGCUCUGUCAAUAGAAAGAAAGGGCCAGGGCCAUUAUUUCUGUUGCUUUGAGGAUUGCUCGUACUGGGUUGCUCACCAUGUGGCAACUUUGAUCAACAAUCAAAUAUCAAGAUCAAGAUCAUCAAGCCUCUAAGAUGCGAAAUAAUUUUUACCACAUUAUUUUUGAGUUUUCCCUCUACUAAAUAUUAUGUCAACUCAAAAUCCAUUGUACUUCUUUUUUUGCGUAUACUAAAUAUAGGUGCUAAACGACAUUAGUGAUGUUUAGCAAGCUUCUCGUGUGAUAUAUGAUACAAAUACUAAUGCGGUAAG